AUGUUGAAAUCGCGUAGUAAUCGCAAAACUGUUGUGGUAUGUGUAUGUUCAAAUCACGUCGGCGGUUCACCAUGUGCUGGCGGACUGCUCCGAAUUUUUAUUGCGGGUAAUAUUUUUUAUCUAUCUAUCUAUCUAUCUAUCUAUCUAUCUAUCUAUCUAUCUAUCUGCCAAUGUCUUUUCAUUAUCUAUCUAUCUAUCUAUCUAUCUAUCUAUCUGCCGGCCUAUGUCUGUUCAUUAUCUAUCUAUCUAUCUAUCUAUCUAUCUAUCUAUCUAUCUAUCUAUCUACCUGCCUAUGCCUUCUGUUCAUUAUCUAUCUAUCUAUCUAUCUAUCUAUCUGUCUGUCUGUAUGCCUAUGUCUGUUCAUUAUCUAUCUAUCUAUGUCUUUCUCUCUUAUUGGCAAAGAUAGUGCGAGAAUAUCUAUCUAUCUAUCUAUAUAUCUAUCUAUCUCAGUAUAUAUUGGUUUAG